AUGGCAGAUCUGGAUGAGUGUGAAAAAAAUACCAACGAUUGCCAUCAUUUGGCAGCCUGUACAAAUGAACUAGGUGCGUAUUCCUGCAAGUGUAACCAUGGUUACUUUGGAGAUGGAUUUGAAUGCUCUCUCAAGUCUUGUUCCGAUAUCAGACACCAGACUAGCGUAAGUGGCAGUUACUUUAUUGAUCCAGAUGGCGCUGGAGGACUGGCACCAUUUACAGUUUAUUGUGACAUGAGUGACAAGUAUGGAGUUGGCGUGACAUUGAUUAGUCACGGUAGUGAAAGCAGGGCAUUGGUGACUGGUUAUGGCCCUCCGGGGAGUUACUCACGUGACAUUCAUUACACUGGAGCGAGUCUGUCUCAGCUGGCGAGUCUCACCAGAGUCUCCCCACACUGUGAGCAGUAUAUUAAGUAUGAGUGUAACAACGCAGUCAUAUUUGGCGGUAUCGGAUACUCUUGGUGGGUCUCACCUAAUUCUGUAAGGAUGCAUUACUGGGGCGGAGCAGCAUCAGGUAGUGAUAAAUGCGCAUGCGAGAUGACCAAUUCCUGUCCACGUUUAAACACAGCUUGUAACUGUGAUGCAAGUGACAACGUUUGGCGUGAAGACAGCGGUUUGCUCACCGAUAAGGUACAUCAUCCUGUCAAACAGCUCAGGUUUGGACAUACAAGUCGUGGAAGUGAUUACUACACAUUGGGGAAAUAA